AUGGAGGUUGAGAAGGUCAAUGGCGGUAUCCUUGAGAAAGGAGACAUCACUGAAGGAGAAACAACCGAACAAGGCUCCGUCAUCAAUGCCUCUGGCCACACAGAUCAGCUUACUCGCCAGUAUGGUCUCGUUGGACUCACAGGCAUUGCAGUGACAGUCAACAAUGCCUGGGUCGUCCUUGGUUCUUCAAUCUCAGUGUCUAUCCUCAGCGGUGGCAUUUCAGGUGUCAUCUAUGGUCUCAUAGUGGCAGUGAUCUAUUACACCUUUAUCGGGUUGAGUAUAUCAGAGUUUGCUUCAUCCUGUCCUAGCUCCGGUGGUGUCUAUCAUUGGGCCACCAUAGCUGCAGGGCCCAAAUGGGGUCGUGUCACUGGCUUCUAUACAGGAUGGAUCAACUUCUACGGCUGGAUGUUCGGUCUAGCCUCGCUCGUCCAAGUCGCCGCCAAUGCAGGUGUUCAAUGCUAUGCCACUCUCACCCCCGGCUUCUCUCCCUCAGCAUGGCAUGUUUAUGUUGCGUACCUGAUCGUCAUCUGGCUCAGUGCCUUCGUCGUCAUUUUCUCGAACCGACUUGUUCCCUAUACUCAGAAGCUUGGCCUGUUCCUCGUUGUUGCAGGAGGUCUUGUGACUAUCAUCAUUGUCGCUGUCAUGCCGUCAAAGCAUGCUUCCAGUGACUUUGUAUGGAACUCGUUCCAUGAGAAUAACUUGACUGGCUGGAAUGAUGGUGUUGCUUUUAUGGUUGGCAUUCUAAAUGGAGCUUUCACGAUUGGAACUCUCGACGCUAUCACUCAUAUGGCGGAAGAGACCAAGAACCCGAAGAAGGAUCUACCUCGAGCCAUCUUUCUCUACAUCUCCAUCGGUGGUGUCUAUGCUUUGGCUUUUGCUAUUGUCUUGGGAUAUGCCAUCUCCGACCUCUCCGUUCUCCAAGGCAACUCGAACACCUUCCCUCUGGCUGGUAUCUACCAUCAAGCCACUGGAAGUGCUGCAGCCACAUUUGCAUUGUUGUUCAUAAUUCUCAUCUCGUCUCUUUGCUGUGUCAUUGGAACGGUCUUGACCAACUGCCGUACAUAUUGGAGCCUGGCUCGAGACCAAGCUGUGCCGUUCUCAAAUUAUUUCAGCAGAGUGAGUGCGAAGCUCGGUACACCGGUUGAGUCAACUCUAUUCGUGGCAGUCAUUGCCUCGGGUAUCGGUGCAAUCCCACUUGGAAGUUCGGUCGGUUUCAGUAAUUUGACUGGAUCGUUCAUUAUCAUCACAACUGUGUCUUACGCUAUCCCAAUUGUGUCAAAUGUCCUGAGCGGUCGCAAACGAUUCUCGCCCGGUCCCUUCCACCUGAAGAACUUUGGAUACUGGAUCAACGGACUUACCAUACUACUGAUUGUGGUCUUUGACGUGUUCUUUUGUUUCCGUAAGUAG